UUUUCAGGAAUUUGGUAUCCUGUUUUUGUGAAUAUAAGGUUUAAGCUUUCUCUCCUUUAAAUAGAGCACUAAAAGAUGGAAAGGUGGGUUGGGCGUGUUGCCUUGGUAACUGGUGCAUCGGAGGGAAUUGGUGCUGCCAUAGCAAGAGAUUUAGUUUGUCAUGGAAUGAAGGUUGUUGGUUGUGCAAGAAAUAAAGACAAGAUUCAGAAGUUAAGUGAUGAGUUAAAGAAUGAGAAAGGAUCAUUAACUGCUAUAAGAUGUGAUUUAAGUAAAGAAGAAGAUAUUAUAAAUAUGUUUAAAACUAUUACAAGUAAUGAAAGUCUUGGUGGUGUAGAUGUCUGUAUAAAUAAUGCUGGUCUCGCUCAUAAUGCACCAAUUUUAUCGGGCAAAACUCAAGAAUGGAGAGAAAUGCUUGAUGUGAAUGUGAUGGCAGUAACUAUUUGUACAAGAGAAGCAUUUCAGUCAAUGAAAGAAAAAAAUGUAGAUGAUGGUCAUAUUAUAUUUAUAAGCAGUAUGUCAGGUUAUAGAAUUGCUAAUGAAGCUUUUACUCAUUUCUAUGCUGUAACCAAACACAGUGUCCGUGCAAUAGUUGAAAGUACAAGACAAGAAUUAAGGGAACUUAAAUCGCAUAUUAGAGUUACAGGAAUAAGUCCAGGAAAUGUAGAUACUGAUUUUGCCGUUAAAAUGAUGAAGGAUGAAACGCAAGGAAAAGAUAAUUUUAGGCGUAUGGAUGCGAAAGAUAUAUCCAGUGCAGUCAUUUAUACCUUAAAGGCACCAGCACAUGUUGAGAUUAAUGAUGUGUUAAUGAGACCAACAGAACAGAUUUAUUAAAACUGUAGAUAAAUUGUAAAUAAUAAUAAAAUAUGUGUGCAUAAUCAUA